UACUGGAAUGUCUUUUUAGAAUCUAUUUUGAGCCUAGUUGGGUUUUUACAAAGCACAUUGGCAAGAGGGUUAUUAAAGUUGCAGUGGAACAUUUUGAUAAUGAGAUCUUUGUGAUUAUUUCGGAAUCUAGAAUUGAAGGCUCUAGAUCAAUUUUAGUCCCAAUAGGAAUGAAUUUUCAGUUGCUUAGAGUUUUCACAUUAAACCUUCAAGAAUUCUACCGUGGUGCACUUGAGAAAUCGAGACUAUGCUCAUCUAUUGAGGAUGGUUGUAGGGCAGUUGAGAAUACGUCAAUAUUAUGCUCAGUUGAUGCUAGCAGUAUGUCAAACAUAAGAUGUGGAGACUGGUUACCACCCUUAGUGAACCUAGUUGACCAAGAAGUUUCAGCUUCCAACUCUUUUCUUAGUUGGGAAAAUGAAUCUAUCAAGAAGCCCAAAGCUGUUGAAAGAGAAUUUGCAUUGCUUUGUACUGAUCCAAGUUUAGACUUGGAUGAGCACUCAUGUUCUAAGUGUUUGUUUGCAAUGGACACCGAGUCACUUACUUCUGAGUUUGGUUUACAUGCUCUCAGCAGUGCAAUCCCUGCCCUUCGUGCAGAUCAGAGUUUAACAGGAUUGGAUAAGGAAGACGACACAGCAAAGGAAUCGAAUUCUCUCCUCUUUAAAGACCACUGGGAGGGAGCAGAGGCAGACAUGGGGUGUGAAGCACCUCUCGACCAACAAUAUAUUACAUCUCAAGCAGCUCUUACUUUCAUUCCCUGCUCCCUUAAUCCAUUCGGGAUUCUUGAAUCAAGUGAGGACCAUGAGGAAACCUUGGAGGCAUGUAAUCUCAACAGUGGAGGUGACAACCUGAUGGAUUUAUUUAAUUGCUCCUCUACUGCAAGGAUGAUGAAACUAAAUGCUCUUGAGGAUGCAGGCCCAGAAUUUGAAGAACCUGCCCUCUACACUCACUCAGAAGGAGAGAAAACUGUUUUUAUUGACUCUAAGCUUGAACCUUUUAGAAUCAUAACUCCUAGUUCCUCUAAAAUGUCAAUGCAGCUUCCAAAAUUAGCUAAGGGUAAGGCAACCUACUCACCUUCUCAUAUGGUUACCAGAAGUAGAGCUAAGAUGAUAGCAGCAGGAAGGAAAGAGCACCCAAUUAAGGGAGUUGACACAUCUGAUGAGGAAAGAGAAUCUUUCGUAGAAGGCAUCCGCUCCGCUUUCAAGAGGAGCUGUCCGUCAAUCAAAACGACGGAUAUCCAAACCUGCACUCCAACCCCGAAAUGCCAAGUGAAGCUUAGCAAAAAAUAGAAAAAGAAGGCAAAGAUGAAACUCAAAAAGGCUCGGGCUGAGGAGAUAGCACACUUAGCCGUCAAUGGGAAGAAUUCACUUGAUGCUGAGAAUUUUGAGGAGUUUGAGGAUGAUUUGGAUAACUUGGAGUUCUUCUAACUCUUUUCUCCUUUUUCAUAUUUUCCUCGCCCAUUAGGGGCAGAAUUUGAGGACUUUAUAUUACUCCCUCCGUCCAAAAAAGAACUUCCCGGUUU